UAUCUGCCCCUAGUGGUCAGUAUGGGAACUGCAGCCCAAGCUCUUCCUGUAUAGCGGUUGGGUGGGACUCACAGCGGAAGCGGCGUUUUGCAGCGCUGACACUAUCCAUAUUUUCCUCACCAAAUCCCGCUUACCUAUCAACAAAAUGCCGGCUUACCACUCCAGUCUGAUGGAUGGCGACACCAAGCUGGUGGGGAAUAUGGCAUUACUCCCUCUCAAAACACAGUUUAAAGGCCCGGCUCCAAAAGAAACCAAAGACCAAGAUAUCAUCGAUGAGGCUAUUUAUUACUUCAAAGCCAACGUUUUCUUCAAGAACUAUGAAAUUAAGAAUGAAGCUGACCGAACAUUGAUCUACGUCACCCUGUACAUCUCUGAGUGCCUCAAGAAGCUACAGAAGUGCAGCUCAAAGGGUCAGGGAGAGAAGGAGAUGUACACGCUGGGAAUCACCAACUUCCCCAUCCCAGGAGAGCCUGGAUUCCCUCUGAACGCCAUGUACGUUAAACCCUCCAACAAACAGGAAGAAGAGACGAUGAGGGCUUACCUGCAGCAAAUUCGCCAGGAGACCGGCCUCAGACUGUGUGAGCGCGUGUUCGACCCACAGACAGACAAACCCAGCAAGUGGUGGGUGUGUUUUGUAAAGAAACAGUUCAUGAACAAGAGUCUGUCUGCUCCUGGUCAGUAGGAGGCAGCUGGGAUUUUCUCUUGGUACUUUUUACACGGCGUGGAUGGAUGUGAUUGGAUUAUUUUUCCAGUGUCUGAUGUUUUCCUUUAUUUUUUGGGGGGAGGGCAGGGUUCCUUCCAUUGGAUCGAUGUAAGAUUAAUUUUAUACUGCAGAUUUGCAAAAUUCCAACAUGUUUGAUUUCCUUUCUGGAACCAUACACCAUGUAUGCAAACUUGAGGCGAUCAAAUAAAAUAUUACAAAAUAAAA